AUGCCUCCUCGUCAUUCUCUGCGUGGUGCGCCUUCUGAAGCGCUUUUAUUAGAAGACGUUGUCAAAGACGGCAUGUCGGGGUGGCGCUCGCUGAACAUGGACUCCAGAUAUCCUUUGAUGGGCCGCCUCGUACUGCCCAAGGUGGGCAGGCUUAUUGAGUCCGUUAACAGCCUUAUGACGUGA